CAUGAAGUCCCGGCCUCCUGUUCGUUCUCUCCGCCUCCCGAGGCCCCGGGUGAGAAACAGAGGAGACGCGAGGGGCGGAGCUUGUGGAGGAAGAUGGCUGCCGCCCGGGGGUUGUCCCUAACGGCCGCGACGCAAAGAGCAGUCACUCCCUGGCCGAGGGGCAGGCUCCUCGCGGCCUCCCUGGGACUCCAGGCGCGUCGAGAAGCGUCGUCCUCCAGCCUCGAGGCCGGCGAAGGGCAGAUCCGCCUCACAGACAGUUGCGUCCAGAGGCUUCUGGAAAUCACCGAAGGGUCAGAAUUCCUCAGGCUGCAGGUGGAGGGAGGUGGAUGCUCCGGAUUCCAAUAUAAAUUUUCACUGGAUACAGUUAUCAACCCCGACGACAGGCAAGGAGGAAGGGGGUAUUUGAACAGGGUGGGGCAAGAGUGGUGGUUGACUCUGAUAGCUUGGCCUUCGUGAAAGGGGCCCAGGUGGAUUUCAGCCAAGAACUGAUCCGAAGCUCAUUUCAAGUGUUGAACAAUCCUCAAGCACAGCAAGGCUGCUCCUGUGGGUCAUCCUUCUCUAUCAAACUUUGAUGCAAUGACUGGUGACUGUGAGAUUGUCACCAGUUGUACCAAUUUGAAGAACCUGGAAUUAGUAGAAUUCUAGAGGUUUCCUUCUAAUCAUGUCCCUCUCAAUUUUAUUUCCCGCAGUCCAGGAGUGUUGUGUUUUGCCACUAUUAUUUUCAGAACGUGAAGAUUUUACUCUUGGCUUAAUUUUUCCCUCCAACUCCACUCAGUGCUAAGGCUGAACCUCCAGAUGCUGUUACCUCAGAUUUAAUCACUGGUUGAAACUCCGUAUAAUCUGUAGAGCCUGCAUGGCUCUAAAAUUGGAAUUAACUUCUCUUGCCUUAAGAGCUGCCUGUACAUAUGUGGAUAGCUAUGUAUAAAAGCUUCAUUUUAAAGAA